AUGACGGUUAGGGUUGGCAAUCGCAGUUACAUAUUUCUGAUCGCCAUUUAUUCAAGUGGUGUGCCACAAGGAGGAGCACUUUCACCAUUACUGUUCUUGAUUUACACAUUGGACCUGCCGAAAAUUCUCAAGGUUCAUCCCAGUAUUGAGGUUAAAAUGUUUGCUGAUGAUAUCAGAAUCUAUUGUGUUUACGACAGUCAUGAGCAACCAGUAAGACACAAAAUGCUAAGCUUAUCCAUCGAGAAGAUGGUGAGUUGGUCCACAGACUGGGAACUCCCCCUCAAUUUGGAAAAAACUGUACAUCUCCAUCUGGGACCCUGCCCACCCAUCCCGUAUCAAGUUGAUGGAACAUUUAUAAAGUUAGAAUGCUCUGUCAAGGACCUGGGGAUUCUUUUUGAUGUACGGCUGGCAUUUGAUGAGCACAUUGAGAUGGUCGUGAAAAAGGCCAUUAGGUGUCUUUUCCUGGUAUUAAGGAAUGUGCAAUGUAACGACCCCAGUCUCCUUGUCAGGCUGUACAACAUUUACAUCCGGCCUCAUCUAGAGUAUGGAUCCAUUGUGUGGAGUCCCUGGAUGAAAAAACACGAGAACAGGUUGGAAAGAGUGCAAAAAACGUUUACAAGGCUCGCGUUCUACAGGUGUUUUCCUAAUUCGGAAUACCCCCAGGCACUUCCAGUCUACCAAGAUCGCCUGAGAGCGCUGAAUAUGAGGAGUCUGAAAUACCGAAGAAUUUUUAGCGACCUUAGAGAGAUAAAAUUGGCAGCCAGCAAAUACUGGAUUUUCCGACCGUACAGGAGGGUUGAGUGUGGAAUCACAAUCCAUUACAAGAAAUUAGAGCGACAUCGUUUUAAUGUUGUGUUUCAUUCUUUCUUUUUCCGAGCGGCCAGGUGGUUGCGCAUGCUACCCCAUGAUAUGCUUUCCUGUAGUAAUUCGAAGGAGUUCAAAGCACGUUUGAAAAAAUCUGAUAUUUUCAGAAUUCUGAAAGUUGAGGAUGUACGGUAG